AUGGUCUUCCUCAAGCUCGCUUCGAGCCUUCUUUUAGCCGUUUAUGUAUCCGGUGCCCCUACCACGACCGAAAGUCCCGGAAGCCUAGUCGGCGAUGGACUACUUGUCAAUACCUCUAGCGGACCCAUUCAAGGCUUCUUCAACCAAACCGCUCCAGACGUUCGCCAAUUCCUCGGUAUCCCUUUUGCGGAACCUCCAGUCGGUGACCUACGAUUUGAGAAGCCCGUAAAAAAGAGUCCCAAUGGCACCGUCAAUGCUUUUACACUUCCGAAUUCUUGCAUGCAGCAAUUCAAUUCAAACAGCUCGACUAUUUACACCGAGUAUGAGACGGGAUUCUUGAUUAGUGGUGGCAACUCGGAAGACUGUCUCUACCUGUCCAUAUGGGCUCCUCGAGUGGAGAAUAUACGCGACCAGCAGCGUCCGCUGCCCGUGCUCCUGUAUAUCCCUGGUGGCGGUUUCACCAGUGGAGGAGAGGCAUCUCUAUAUAAGGUUCCUGAUAAGUGGAUUCAGCGGACACAAGACCACAUUGUUGUCAUCAUGAAUUAUCGUGUGAACGUCUUUGGAUUCCCAAAUGCAAAGGGUUUGACGGAUCAGAACGUGGGAUUUCUGGACCAACGAUUGGCGGUUGAAUGGGUUCAGGAGAACAUCGGUCAAUUUGGCGGUGACCCAGCAAGAAUCACUCUCUGGGGCCAGUCAGCUGGUGCAGCGAGCGUCUCUAUCUAUCCAUACGGAUAUCCGGAUGAUCCAAUUGUCGCCGGCCUCAUUGCCGACUCGGGUGGCCCAACAAUUGUCACCAACAAGGAUGUAGCGCAGACCAAUUUCACGUCUCUUGCGGCCUUGGUGGGCUGCAAUAGUAGCAAUGCAGACGAACUGGUGAAAUGUGUGAAACGGGUACCGGGUCAGACUUUGGAAAAUGCCUUGUCUUACUAUAUCGGCAACUCGACAAAACCAACCAUGGCAUUCACACCCAGCAUCGACAACAAAACUGUAUUUGCCAACUGGACACAAAGAGCUCAAGAAGGCAAGAUAGCUAAGACGCCCCUGAUCAUUGGUAGCAACACAAACGAAGGAGCCGGCUUCGUCUCAUUCACCCCUAACGGACCAGGCGCCACGACACUUUUCAGCUUGACCGAAUCCAUCAUUGCCUGCCCGGUAGCCGCCGAGGUCAAAAACCGCAAUCUCGCAAAUUUGACCACAUACCGCUACCAAUACGCGGGAAAUUUCUCCAACAUCUCCCCACUCCCCUGGUUCGGAGCUUAUCACAGCUCAGAACUUCCCAUGGUCUUUGGUACUCAUUACGAGUAUCGCGAUGCUUCUACCCAAUUUCAAUGGGACGUAAGCUAUGCCAUGCAGGCACUUUGGUUAUCAUUCGCGGAAGAUCCAUCUCGCGGACCGGCACGUCUUGCCCUUGACGGUGUAGCGGCGAAUCCGAACAAUAGUAGCUAUUUUGCAUGGCCUACUUUCCAGCAAGGGUCUUCUAAUAUGUUGCUCUUUGCAGAGAAUCAGACUGUUAUGCAGCUGACAACCUCUGCGCGUAUUGAUGAUUAUUGCCCAACUUUGUGA